CAGCAGAAGAGUUCCAAAAACAUGUUCUCACGUCGUUUGUGUAGUUUGUGUGCACGUUCGUGUCGUAGAGUAUCUCUUGUAAAGACGAUUCAUUCUGGACAGUUGGCAUUAUGUUACAAAAGCCAAUAUAGUCUUGAUAAACUAUAUCCAAGAUGCGACGAAAGUGCUGUCGAUAACACGGUGAAGGUUGGAGUCGGACUAAAGGAUGAAGAAAAGGAGCCAUUUUCUGGGAUUAUUCCAACUGAUCAGCUCGACAUAAAGUACAUCCGUGGGAGUGGCCCGGGAGGACAGAAUGUAAACAAAGUGAAUACGAAGGUGGAAGUUCGAUUCCAUGUGGAGAGCGCUUCAUGGAUUCCUAAAUGGAUUAGAGAACGUGUCCUGGAAAUGGAGCCAGGUAGAAUCAACAAGGAGGGGUAUUUGAUUUUGACCUCGGAGAAGACAAGGAAACAGUUUCUGAACCAGGCGGACUGUAUGGACAAACUUCGUGUGAUCCUGUUUGCUGCCAGCACUCUACCCAAACAACUCACAGACGAGGAAAUUGCACUGAGGGAUAAAAGGAUGGCAGCAGCUAAGAAGGCUGUGUUGAGAAUAAAGAGAAAUCAUUCACUAAAGAAGGAGUCUCGGCAGUCUCCGUCAUUCGGAUAAAUCUGAUGAACACAUCAACAUUUGUCUUGUUACUCUUAGAAAUAUAUAUAUAUACAUAUACUCUUUUCUCUACCCUAACCAACUCGUAAAAACUGUCCACACUCAGUUUUAAGAUUUGGAUUUUCAUUUGUCAAUUUGGAUUUCUGCUUCUUUCUUUAUUUCUUUUAAACAAAUAUAACACUACUAAAUAUAAUAAAUAGCUUACCUACCAACCAACCUCAUUUGAGGGGAAAUAUUGGUACAAUGACAACUUGGUUUCCAGCAAACUAGUUCUGUUGAAGUGACAGACACUAAUUUUUAAACACUAAGUCAUAUUUUUCACUAUUAGAGCCGUUUUUGAUAACUGAAGUCAAACAUUACUUAUAUUUUAUUGUUUAGAUUAUUCAUUUCCAUACAACUGAAGUGUUUCUGGUCAUCUUUCCCUAAUUUCAGCCAGCGAAUGUUUCACUAACGUUCGCAAACUAUUUGUUUGGUUCCUGACGUUGCCAUUUGGUUUAAUGUGAAGCUCAUAAACCAGUUCAGCGGAUGUUUUUUGCUCCAUCUGACUGAAGACGGCCCUGGUGUAUCUAAUAACACAAAAUGCAUUUUUUCAUAUUUUUAAAAAUGCAUGUGCGUCUGAGAAUUAAUGCUUAUGGAGUUGAAUUUUAGUCUUGUUUUUAAUGGUGUUUCACGGUUUUAAUGUCACAAACUCUUGUUUCAUUCUGUUCUAACGUUAUCCAAUUGUGUUACAGGUUUGUAGAUCAACUAAACUUAGUGUCUAUUUUUACGGGUUGAAACUAGGCUCUGUGACUUUAAAGAUCAUCUUAGAAAGACUGUUAAAGACUGGUUGGAAGAAGUUUCACAUAUAUUACAGCUUUUCAUACAAUAUAGAAUUGCCUGGAUCUAGAAUAGCACAAUGUUUGUAGAAAUCAUUAACAAAUCAACACUAACACUUGUCUCAUAUUUAGUGAUGCAUGUUGCCCAUUUUGUGGAGACGUCAAUUUAAAAGGUAAACUAUGCGGUAUGAUCAGCUAAGCUGUUUAAGGACUUGUUGAAAGAAUGUAGCUUAAGGAAAUAAACGUGUUAUUUAUACGUGAA